AUGGCUGCCGGUUUGAUUAACAACAUGAAAGAGAUGACGGUAGACAACUUUGAAGAUUUCAUUACUCGCGAAUGGACCACAGAAGAGAUGAAGAACAUGAGAAAACGAAAACGAGUAGACAACGAGACAAUCACAAGUGUUAAACAUAUCAAACUCAUGCCUGAUCAGCGUCUUGUGUUAUCAGAGGUUCUACGGAACGGAUUUGACCAAUUGUUCGCCCGCACUUACAGAAACCAAAUCCUUUUCGGUCCGGAUGAUCUUUUUCGUCACGAACAUAUCACGACAUUAAUCGAAAACUUGGGUACUUUCAAAACAGUGACCGAAUUGCGAAAGCUCAUCGGCGGCGAAGUUAUAGCAGGACAGAUGGAAAUGUUGUUGGAGGCCGUUGACGGUUAUAUCAAGGGCCCGCUGGCUGAAGAUACACAACGGGGGAUUGAUCUUGCGCGGGCUGAGGAAGAGAGGCUGAUUUCAAUAUCGAAGGAAGAAGCGGAGGCUCAGGCUCGUGAUGAGGAAGUUCAGAGGGAGGUGGCACGGUUGGAAUUCCAGAGGAUUGAAGAACAAAGGCUGUUGGAUUUGGCGAAACGAUCGGCGAGGGAAGCUGCUGAGAAAGCAUGGAAGGAGGAACAGGCUGAACACAUGGCCAUGCUGGUGCGCCGGGCCGGUGAGGAUGCCGAGAGGCGGGGAGUGAAAAGUAUACAUCGGGGACGUUGA